AUGCGUUUAUGUCAGGAAUGUAUGACGAUCCUCCAUGCUAACUGCGAAACACCCCAUUUGCUUCAUCGCGGCUCGGGAUGCGUAUGGGGUCAAGCAGUGAUGUGGGGUACUGUGGAGAGCAUCGUCAAACUGUUACGCGAAACGGCUCAAUUCGAAGGCACUGAAGGCGAAGGUAAGCGACCAAAGUGGCUUCGUCAAUUGGAAGGAGGUCAUUCACUUGGCAAAGAAAUCGACACCAUGGCUGACGAACGGCGAAUGCUCAGCCGAUUCGGCGUUUGGAUGAUGGCAGCUCUUUGUCCACCGAACACGAAUGCAGACGAGAAAGCGAUCUCUUAUAUUAUGAGUAAUGUGUUUCAAUGGUUUGCCACGACAGCGCUGCUGCCAAAUGACAGCAUGGGUGCGAGCCUGGAGCAGCUGAAAACCGAUUUUGUCUGUGACUGGAUCAAUAUGGCCAUAAGAGUGCAUUAUCAAGUCUUCAUUGACGCUCUGUCACCUGGUCCAGAAGAAGAAGGCCGUCAUUUUGAGCAGACGAAAGAGGGAUUAGCCCGGUUGCUGGCGCUGAUGCCGUAUGAUGUCAUUUCUUUAGAGACAUGGAGUCGUGUGAUGCCGGAAUGGCUACAGCUUAUCUACGAGAAAUGCUCCGAAGAGCAACAAAACGACUUGAAAAUUUUGUUGUGCAAGAUCUUCGAACCAGAUCUUUGUCCUCUUCCGUUUGAGACUGUGAUGGUUUUCGAAUUUGUGAGCACCAGGCUCGGAGGGAAAAAUUACAAAGAACUUUUCAAUGCCCUCCAGUGGUUGCAUCUGCUCUCACGUCUGGAAAUUUCUAUUCCACUCGAUAUGCUUCUCGAGAAAUUCAGCUUAGCUCUAAUGGGACUGACCGCUAUGGAAAUUCCUUGCCUUGGACAGAAUGAUCUUGAAGACGACGAUGUCUCGAUACACAUUGUCAUCAUUGACAUAUUGGUUUUACAGCUGCGUCUGAAUGAAAUCGCCGUCCACGAGCAGUCAACCAUGACAGAAAAGCUUUUCUCGUGUGUUUCUCUGCUGCUUAGUGUCCCUCUUCGCACUACACCCCAUGAAUGCAAAAACCCAGAACUCGAUGGAUUCGCUGAUUGUUCGGCCUGUCAGCAAGCAGCAUUUUUGCAUCAAAUGAUCAUGAACAUGACCGAGAAUGUCUCACCAAAGCAAGAGAUGGCCAUCACAGCCACUGAGGAUGAACCGGUUGACGCUUACGACUUGGCAUCUCCUGGCACAUCUCAUCCCAGUUCAGCUUUGUCCCCACAGACUGCUCCUGGUAGUAAAGGAACUUCUCCAGCGACAGCAAGCGCCCCUACAGGUUUCUCAGAAGGUGGCCUCUGCUUUCAAACGGCCACCGUCGAACAAACUGGUGACGAUGAAUUCGUUGGCAUACUGCCAAGUGAAGAGGUCGAGGUCGGUAUGGCGGAAGCUACGACACUGACCGAGACCGAUGUCGGGCGGGAGACCUGCCAGGUGGUGACCAGCAGCCUUGUGGAAGGAUUGAAGGGCUCGACGCCAACCACUCAGCAGUUGCCUAAAAUCCCACCGGACGACUUCUGGACGACCUCUGUUGGCCGAUUUCGGUUUUCUAUUGAUCAGCUGCCUCCACAACUUAAGAUGAUCCACGCACUGCUGAUGAACCUGGAGUAUGCUGAAGAUCCGGAUGUGGAGAACUUCAUCAUGCAUACACUGAAGCUCCUCUGCCUUCAUUGUGGAUCGUUAAGCAAUUCUCGGAGAGAACAUCGUGGCUUCCUCAUAUGGAUACAGGAGAGCAUGAUGGUGCCAAAACUCUGGGUCAGACUUAGGUCUGACUUCGUACAGGUCGGCGAACUGGCAUCUCUAUUGCUGUUGCACAGCAUAUCUUUUCCAUCUGGGGAAGAAGCGUUUUGGCGGGUCAUUAACAAGGACUUCACGAGUCCUGAUUGGAAAAUACGGUUUGAUGCAGUGGGCAGAGCUUACGUGAUGGCCCAUAUGACCAAGAUGGCGCCGGUGAAAGGAAAUAAGGUGCUUCAAACAGCUCUCUCUGCUCUGUUCUAUCACUUUGUCACAUCACUUCACGAUCCAAAUCCUACUGUAGCUCAGCGAGCCAUAAUUGCUCUCAGAGCUCUGCCAUCUCAGACACUGAAGAUGAUGUGCUUCUGCUUUGAAUCCCAAUUCGACUCAUGCAUAGCGGAUCGCCCCAUUAUAAUCAACACGAUUCGGUUACUUACCACUCAACUCCCCGACGAGAACAUACUCACCUUCGACUUUUUCAUACAGAGGUUUGAAACGCUGGUUCUCGAAAGCCAGCUGAUCAGUCAGAAUGAAGAGACCGUCUUCGUCCAAGACUUGAUGCACACCGAUCCAAUGAGCGAAAUUUACCAGCGUAAAGUGAACAAAGCCAAAAAGGCUAUCGAAGACGCUAGUACAGCCAAAUCCAUUGCCAAAUAUCUGCGGGAAUACAAUGCUCUCAAGCAUCAGCUCUGCUAUCAGCCAUCUGACCCACCCGCUUUAUGCUUGGCGAAAGUGCCACGCUGGCGCCGGCGUGGUCGGCUCUCCGAGGCAGCGCUCAGCUGUCGUGUCAAGAUACUGCGAGUCGUCACGAUGGUGAAGGUGGUGAAUCGUUGGCGCCAGAUGGCUGCCGACAUCACCGUUGGCGCCGCAUCGCUGGUCUCCUUCAUUGCCGCUUCAGCGCCACGUAGCCCAUACGGUCGUCUACGGGAAUUCACCGAUGAGGAGAGCAAUCUUUGCCUCCUCUUUAAUCGUGUUGUUGACAUCGAAAAUCCAGAACGGCAUACAGUAUACCUGGUGAUUUCGCUCUUUGUCUCAUUUUUAAGUAACAAAAAUUCGACGCCAACUGAUGAGAAAGCAAACGCCAAAAAACAGUCACUACUCUUUCGUCACUUCAAUACCUUGCUCGGUUUCAGCAACACCGAAAAGUGCUUCACUAUUCCACCUGCUAGAUUACGGAAAUCUGCAGUCUGCAAUGCUUUUCUUUGCGGUUUACCCGAAAUACUUGAUUGUAAUCUGUGCAUUGGUAAUCAACUGCUGCCGACCGUUGUUCAACUGUUACUCCACCUACCGUCUCCACAAAAGUUGGCCAGCGAUCAGCACCAAAACAAUUACUCGUUGAGGUUGCUGUCACAGCACUCUCGCCACCUCUGGCUGAAUUCACUGAUUCUUAUUCUUUACAAGUACCGAUUCGACCAAGUGCCCAUUAGUGAUGGCGUCAUGCGACUGAUCAACAUCGUUUCCAAGACUCUGCAAGCACAAGCACAUGUCUGUUGUGAAACGGACCAUCCGACUGACAUAGCUACUUGGGACGACAUCAGUGACGAGGAGUCGGAAUCACCUAAAGGAAUGAUCAGACCUGAGAGUCUCACCGUCACAACAAUACAGGAACAUGAAGGUGAAGGUGCUAUGCAUCCAACCAUCGUGGAACCGCGUCCGAUGCGUAGGAGUGAAGCGAUACGAAGGAAGGAGCCACGAAAGCAGCGCAAACCAGUGGAAAAUGUGGAACUACGAUGCGAUCACUGUAAUGAAAGCCUGACGUCGUUUGAUGAGGAGACUAUUUCUCUGUGUCUGAUCGCUGUCGAGACUUUCCUACAUCGGGAACCCGUGAUGGCUGCACCGAUUCUCUUCUCCCUCCUUCAUACUGUGACUCGCCUUAUUGAUCACCCAAUAUAUCCAUGGCACGACUCGGAUAUGUUCGUUCCGGGAAAUUGCCGUAGCGUCGCUAAACAAAUGCUCCGGGUGACCCUUCAUCAGCUAUCAUCGUCCGGUAUCUGUAUGCAACUCUUUGACACACCUCUCCCUCGUAGGGAUUCCUUUUGGAAGGUCGUCUCAAUUUCUCUGGCGGACUUCCAAGAACUCUCACCUGUCUACUUCAUUCAACUACUCUUCGAAGAUCUCUCUGAAAACUGGCUACCGCAUCUGUCGACAACUAUGCGUAACUUAGCUGCAUACAUUGUUGAAGUGCCUUUCGACGCCUAUAUCAACCACUGGAGUACGGCGAUCGCUCACAUGGAGUCAUUCUUUAGAAGAUAUCAUACGCAGAUCUCGGUGGAGGGUGCCGCAAAGCCAACACGAUCCGAAGUGGAAAGCGCUAUUGUCGUAAUGAGCCACGUGCUGAAAGUACAGAAUUUCAGCGCAUUCAAGUCAGCCGUCUCGUUAGUGGACUCGUUUUGCAAAUGGCUUGCAGAGGGUCUACAUGAGUGUCCUGUGAAGCUCGAAAGCCUUCUGACAAUAUGUACUGCCUGCAAUAGAGCUCUGAUUCGGGAACGAGACAAGCAAAGCGUUUCCCGUGCUGUUGUCGCAGAAAUGAUUCAGGCCAUCAAAUUCAAAUGUCCUAUGCACGAAACGAACUUCAUAACCAUAGCAAAUCUUAUCCUUCAAGACGCUGGGGAAGACAUCGAAAUGAACAUACAAGACGACCAGUUCAAUACAGCCGCAUCAGAGGCCGUCAGGCCGUUCCUGUUCGAAAUUCUUGAUUUUAUCGCCGAUCUACACGUUUUGGCUAAACUAAAGAAAGAAACGAAUUCCGAUUCAGUUGGAGGUGACUUGAAGGUAAAACUUGCUGAAGCCAUAGCUGUCGAAAUGAGUCGCUCGAAUGCUCGCGACUGUCGUACUGUGAUUCGAUUCAUCCCGUGGCUUAUGAGUCCACCGAGUGUUACACAGGCUGCUCCUGGGGCAUUCGCAGACUCCGUGACGAACGUUCGAGUUCUUUCCUGGCUACUUCUUGGAGCCUUGCAUGCGAAUCACGGAUGUCUACCAGUUCCGAUUGAAUGCAGUCAGCACAUGGCAGACUAUAUUCACUUCGUACUCGCUGGUUUCGCUGACCAAUCCAAGCAGUCUGUUGUUCAUAUGUCCGCACUAUUUCAUGCGUUCCAUCUUUGCCAGUUAUGGACGGUUUAUUGUGAGCGAGCCGCUGUGUUUAGUUCACCAACAGCGUUUCCGCAUUUGUUGGAUUUCUGGGCCCGAGUAACGCCUGCGAUUCUUCAACUUCUCAACCACUCAAAAGUGCUGGCUGAUAUGGUCAACCUUCACUUCCUCAAUACUAUCCAAGCCCUGCAGCAAGUGAAUUCUGCCUUGUUGUGUCAACUCUAUCCGAUGUGGGCUCCGAUUCUCACAGCGUACCAUAGCCAAAUUCCUCAUCAACUUAGAAUGAAGUUGGAUUCCUGUGAGAACCAGCCGUCUAUUUCACCACCACCGCUUUCCGAUUGGUUGAAAAAAGUCCGCUACAAAAUCUCUCAAGUGGAACUGCAAACAUCAGCAGCGUCUCCAUACUAUAAUGUGUAG